UCUUAAUUCUUUCUUUUCAAAUAAAAGAUAAAUUUACUACGAUGCCACCCACACCUAAAACACCUGUCGAUUCAACUGCAGCUGGACCUAUGCUCCGUUAUCAAAAGAACCUUCCGAAAUUACCAGUUCCUCCUCUCUCAGAUACAUUGAGAAAAUAUCUCAAGUCUGUACAUCCUCUUUUGACCGAGGAAGAGUAUAAGCGUACCGAGCAAGCCGUCAAGGAGUUUGAAGCUCCCGGAGGAUUAGGCCAAGAAUUGCAAAAGCGUCUAGUUGCCCGUGCUAAAGACCCCAGUGUCGUCAACUGGAUGGAAGAGUGGUGGAACGAUCAGGCUUACAUGGGGUAUCGUGACCCCGUAGUCAUCUAUGUAUCUUAUUUCUUUGCUUAUAAGGAUGAUAAAUUCCGUAAGCUUCCUGCUCAGCGUGCUGCUGCUAUCACUACUGCUGCUUUGGAAUUCAAGAAGCAAGUUGUCGAUAACACUUUAGAACCUGAAUAUGCUAAGGGUGAACCCUUAUGCAUGGAUUCUUACAAAUAUAUGUUUAAUAACUGUCGUAUUGCCAAAAAACCUAGUGAUGAAGCCGCUAUUUUUGAUCCUCAUCAGAAUACCCACAUCAUUGCCAUUCGUAAGAAUAAAUUCUAUUUCGUUGACACAGUUUACAAUGGAAAACAGCUCAGCACCAAGGAGUUAGAACAGCAAUUUCAACGAGUCAUCGAUCAAGCUGGCGGCUUGAAAGGCAUUCCUGUGGGUGUUUUGACUUCUGAAAACCGAGAUGUUUGGACUGAUGUUCGCCAAGCAUUGCUUAAAGCCAACCCUCGCAACAAGCAAGUGAUAGACAAGAUUGAAACCGCUUCAUUCGUUGUCUGUCUUGACGACUCAUCACCCAAAUACCGUGAUGAUUUAUGUCGAGCUUGCUGGCAUGGUGAUGGCCGUAACCGUUACUUUGAUAAACCUGUGCAAUUCAUUGUUUUUGAUAACGGCAAAGCAGGAUUCAUUGGUGAGCACUCUUGUAUGGAUGGUACAGCAACUUGUCGUUUGAAUGAAUAUGUUUGUGACGGAUUGAACAGAAACUUAAUCAAGCAUGGCAGCGAACAAAUCCGCGGAAACAUACCCCACCCUGAAGAGUUAUCUUUUGUUCUGAAUAAGGACCUUGAGCAUGCUAUUCAAGCUGCUGAGACUCACUUCGAUGACUUGAUUGCUCGCCAUGAAAUGACUGUACUAGCCUAUCAAUCUUUCGGAAAGAACUUAAUCAAAAAAUUCAGGUCUUCACCUGAUGGUUUCGUUCAAAUGGCUAUUCAACUAGCUUACUACAAAUGCUUUGGCGUAUCCCGUCCUACUUACGAAUCCGCCCAAACCCGUAAGUUCCAACGCGGACGUACUGAAACAGCUCGUACUGUGACAGAUGAGUCUGUGGCUUUCGUGAAGGCUAUGGAGGAUCCUACACUACCUAAUGAAAAAAAGAUCGCUCUGUUGCGUGCUGCUCUUAAAGCCCAAGGUCAAUAUAUGGCUUCUGCUGUUAACGCUCACGGUGUGGAUCGUCAUUUGUUCGGUUUAAAGAACUGUUUAAAGUCUGGAGAGCCUGUACCUGCCAUUUUCCGUGAUCCUGCUUAUGCUUAUUCAAGCCACUGGUAUCUUUCUACUUCUCAAUUAACGUCUGAACAUUUUGACGGUUAUGGUUGGGGCCAGGUUGUAAAUGAUGGUUUUGGCUGCGCUUACAUGAUCAAAAACAAUGCUCUUCAAUUCAAUAUUGCAAGUGUUAAAGAUCUCGAAGUGCACGGUAAGAAAUAUGUUAGAGGAACCUAUCAAUUUAAGCAGUGUCUUGAGGAAGCUUGCGAUGAUUUGCGUGAUCUUUUGAUGACUGAGCUUCCUGCUCAAGCUAAAUUGUAAAAGUAGCCAUCGUUUUUUGUUGUCUUCUCAUCCUUUACUGUAAACUCUUUGAGGUCGAAACAUAACUUAUUUUAUACACCUAGACUUUUCUUUUUUUGUUUUGUUAAAAGGACAACAAUAAAGUCCCCAAGUUCUUCCUUUCUGUAACAUAAGUGAAACGUUUGUCGUUGAUUUGAUGCGUGCGAUGGUAAGUGAAAAAUAAGUGGAACAUUUGAACAAACGCGGUGCUUUUUUUUCCGCGUUUUGCGUGCCUUGAUUUCUUUAUGCAAACUCUUUUCAGUU